UCACGGCCCUCAGCUCAACAGCCACUUACAUCUGGGCCUCCAUCUACCCAGCCCACCCCCUCUGGGCCCAUUCUCCACUCCAGUACCACCCUCUCCACUUCCGCCCCCCGCCUUUUUCUGUUCGGCGUCGCCGCCCUCCAUCACACACCGGCUAAGUGAUCAACUAAAACCUUGCGGGAACACUUCAGAAGCUGAUACGGAGAACUCAGAAGAGGGAAGAGAAUGGAGCUUGCAUUCGUAAAUCCUUCCUCCGCUACGUUAUUCGCCCCUACCAAAGCUUUACCAAGCUUGUUUAAGCAUAGUUCCAUCAGGGUUUUCAAUGUCCGCUGCAUUUCUAACUCAACCGCUGGAGCCGCCGCAGGUGUUCUGGAAAGGCCUUGGAAAACUUCAGAUGCUAGGCUUGUGCUUGAAGAUGGUUCAGUGUGGAAGGCCAAGUCCUUUGGUGCCACUGGAACCCAAGUAGGUGAAGUCGUAUUCAACACCUCCUUGACAGGGUAUCAGGAGAUCCUAACAGACCCUAGUUAUGCCGGUCAAUUUGUGCUGAUGACAAACCCACAUAUCGGCAACACUGGUGUAAACUUUGAUGACGAAGAAUCAAUGCAAUGUUUCCUUGCUGGCUUGGUAAUCAGGAGCUUAAGCAUAAGUACCUCAAAUUGGAGAUGCACCAAAACUCUCGGCGAUUAUUUAACAGAGAGGAACAUCAUGGGAAUAUAUGAUGUGGACACUCGUGCAAUUACUCGGAGAUUGAGGCAGGAUGGAAGUCUUAUUGGCGUGCUCAGCACAGAAGAAGUGAAGAGUGAUGAAGAACUGCUUGAGAUGUCCCGCUCAUGGGAUAUUGUAGGUAAUGACUCACCCUUGACUGUUGAACUUGGAUACUUGAGAAAAAAACAUCCCUUAAUUGUUUUGGCAGGUGUUGAUCUAAUAAGUGAUGUCUCGUGCACCAAACCAUAUGAAUGGGUUGAUAGAACAAGCCCAAAUUGGGAUUUUAAUAACGAAGGAAGGGGGGAGGUCUUCCAUGUUGUUGCAUACGAUUUCGGGAUCAAGCAUAACAUACUGAGACGCUUGGCAUCAUAUGGCUGCAAAAUUACUGUGGUCCCUUCAAACUGGCCAGCUUCAGAAACACUAAAGAUGAACCCAGAUGGAGUUCUUUUCAGCAAUGGCCCGGGAGACCCAUCUGCAGUUCCUUAUGCAGUUGAAACUGUCAAAAACAUAGUGGGUAAAGCUCCAGUUUUCGGAAUUUGCAUGGGUCACCAGUUGCUUGGACAGGCAUUAGGUGGUAAGACCUUCAAAAUGAAGUUUGGCCACCAUGGAGGAAAUCAUCCGGUUAGGAAUAUUCGAGCUAACCGUGUUGAGAUUAGUGCUCAGAAUCAUAACUAUGCUGUCGACCCUGCAUCACUCCCUCAAGGUGUAGAAGUGACUCAUGUCAAUCUUAACGAUGGCAGUUGUGCUGGACUUGCUUUCCCUGCAUUGAAAGUGAUGUCUCUUCAGUAUCAUCCCGAAGCGUCUCCAGGCCCUCAUGACUCAGAUUCUGUCUUCGGAGAAUUCAUCGUGCUAAUGAAGCAAUGCAAACAGCAAGCAUGAACGACAUUCCCUCUUGCACCAGCAGAAGUGGGUAACUUCUGGGGUUCGUUUGCCGCCGGUAGAUCAGCUAGUUUGUCAAUAUAUCAGUUCCUCCGACAAUGUACUCGUAGUUUUGAGCUUUCUUCUAUCCGAAACUUUGUGUAACAGAUCCCUUAAACAUUGGGGGAAGAUCAAAGAUAAAUGUAGUUUUGUCACAGACGUUAUUUCUCUGCAGGCUGCACAGCAUUGACAAGAAACUAGCCAUUCUGUACUACGUUUUACUACGAGCAAGAGUUACGCCGAGCAAGGACUCGUAGCCUAUAGGCAAAUAUGUGUAGCAGUAUGUGCCUCGCCAACAUGAUUAAGUAUAAAUUUAUCUUAAUAUUGUCGAACAAUUGUCAUUUUCGAUCACAAUUCAGAAGUCAUUAAUAAUGCCAACG